AUGGUCGCCAUCACCCUCCCGCUCCUCGCGGCCCUCGCAGCAACCCCGUCGCAGCUAGGCAUCGUCUGCGCGCGCUUCAAAGAAUCACUCGAUCCAUGGGCGUCCGUCGCCGCUUCCACCUACCUCUACUCCAAGGGCGGCGUGCCGCAGAUGAACGACACCGUUCAACACUCUUCGUUCCGCUCCUACGUAGCCCUUCCCAACAUCGGACGAGAAGGCCACACGCACCUGCACCACAUCGUAAACAACUACGAUACCCUCGACGAGAUCAUGAUCUUCACGCAGGCGGAUCCCUUUGACCUCAUCGCGCCCGCUGUAAACACGACAGAGCAGAUGGUGCAAAAGGCGAUGACCGUCCCGGCCGACGACGUGACGCCCUUUAACGACGCGCUGUUCCACGAUGUCGCGGACUGGGGCAAAGUCGACUGGAACAGCUCGGCACAGAAGCUGUGGAUCACGGCUAACCAGAUCAAGAGCCUGCAGCUUGCGCCGUACACGCCGGCGCAGUUUUGGACGAUGGUGGUAGGCGGGGAGCAUCCGCCGGCGAUCCGGGCGAUGCACGGCGGGACAUUUGCCGUUCGGCGGGAGACGAUACGGAAGCUGCCCAAGGAGGCGUAUCAGAAGGCGCUGAACGAGUUUGAGACGGCGAAUUCGACGAAUCCGGAGGUUGGCUUCUUCAUGGAGCGCAUGUGGGCGCCGAUGUUCGCUGAGAAGUACCGAUUGCCGAGCGUGCAGAAUCCAUGA